UUCGAAAGCGUACAAAUUUUGAAAGCGUACAAAAUUUGAAAGGGUACAUACUUGAAAUUUUCUGGGCGUAACAGCACAAGCGUGCACACAUAUACGAGCACCCCCCGCGAUCGUACAAAAUCAACUGCAGCGCACACACCCCUCUCGAAAAAAUGGCGUGCAACAACGAAGCAAUCAAAAAAUUUGUGCAGAAAAUUAUAGACGAAAAUGUCAUUGCGGUGUUUUCGAAAACGGAAUGCCCGUACUGCAUUAAGGCCAUCUCCAUUUUGAAAGGAUAUAGCGUGGACAAUGUGCAUGUAGAACAAAUCGAGAAGAACCCCAACAUGGCGGACAUCCAAGCCUACUUAAAAGACUUAACAGGAAAGAGCUCCGUGCCGCGGAUAUUCAUCAAUAAGGAGAUUGUCGGCGGGUGUGACGACUUGGUGAAGGAGAACGAAGAGGGAAAGCUCCAAGAGCGCCUGAAGAAAUUGGGCCUUCUCAGUUAAAUCGAAGAAAAAGCAAAAACCUGGGAUGAAGAGCAUCCGCUUUUAGGGAGCCCCUAGCUGGUACUGCUAUCGGACAGCAACGUUUUUGCCCUAACUUGAUUGAA